AUGGAGCUCAGUAAAGUCACCCUAGAGAUCUUCUCCAAGCUCGAACGCAAAUGGCUCUCACAUUGUAAAGCCAACAACAAAACCCGCAUUCUCAGCAUUGACGGCGGAGGAACCUCCGCCAUUGUCGCCGGCGAAGCUCUCAUCUACCUCGAGGAUCAGAUCCGUCUUCGCACCUCCGAUCCCCACGCUCAGGUUGCCGAUUUCUUCGACAUCAUCGCCGGCACCGGCAUUGGCGCCAUCCUCGCCGCCAUGAUCACCGCCGGCGAAGCAUCUGGCAGGCCGCUCUAUACGGCCAGAGAAGCCGUCGGUCUCCUCUCCGAGAGGAACUCCGAACUCUACAAGCUUAAAUCCGCCGGCGUAUUCCGCCGGGGCCGGAGAUUCUCCUCCACGAGCAUGGACAACGUGUUGAAGCAAGUAUUCCAGAGGAAGGAGGAUGGCCGGUUGUUGACCUUGAAGGACACGUGUAAACCGCUCCUUAUCCCAUGCUUUGACCUCAAGAGUUCCGCGCCGUUCGUCUUUUCGCGCGCCGACGCGUCCGAGUCUCCGAGCUUCGACUUCGAGCUCUGGAAGGUGUGUCGCGCCACGUCAGCAACGCCGAGCCAUUUCAAGCCAUUCGACUUCGCUUCCAUCGACGGCAAGACCUCAUGCUCCGCCGUGGACGGCGGCCUGGUGAUGAACAACCCUACGGCGGCGGCGGUCACGCACGUUCUCCACAACAAACACGAUUUCCCGUCGGUAAACGGAGUGGAGGAUCUCCUGGUCCUUUCCUUGGGGAACGGAUCGUCGAACACCAAGGUACGCGAGAAUCGCUCGUGCUCCACACCCUCGGUGGUUGACAUUGUCCUUGACGGUGUUUCCGAGACCAUUGACCAGAUGUUGGGGAACGCCUUCUGCUGGAACCGUACGGACUACGUCAGAAUCCAGGCCUUCGGUUUGGGAAGCGAAACAGUGAGGAAGGAGGAGGUGCUGAAAGAGAGAGGACUCGAGUCGUUACCAUUUGGCGGGAAGCGGUUACUGACGGAGACUAACGGAAACAGAAUUGAUAACUUCGUGCAACGCCUUGUUGCAACCGGAAAAUCAAGCCCGCCGUCUAGUCCGUGCAAGGAAUCCACCGUCAACCCUCUCGCUAACGGCCGCUAG